AUGAGGAUCCGCUAUCCUUUCGCAGGAGCAUUCGUCUUCCUGUUAAUUCUCGCCGCCUAUAUCGGUCUCCUCCCGCAUAAUACCUCGUCGUCUAUACCUGCGAAUCUACAACCCAAUGACAAAUUUCUGCAUCUGGUGACCUUUUUCCUACUGUCGGUCGCCUUCUACUGGAUUGUUGAUACGUCGCGCCGGCGUAACUUGCAUCUCACACUGGUGGUCUGUACGCUGGGCUUGGGCGUUGGCUCCGAGGUUAUCCAGGGCUUACUUCCUAAUGGUCGAGACUUUGACCUAUUUGACAUUAUUGCCAAUGUGGUCGGAAGUCUCGGCGCAAUUGGCAUCUGUGGCUGGUAUCACCGCCGCAUGUUAGAGCGCCGCCGAGCCAGUCGCUAUGGAAUGGUGGAUGGCAAUGCAGAUGAUGAUGUCGAGCUUGGCACCGGUGAAGAGGAAGAAAUGAGCCCUCAAGAGUCCGGUGUGACAAACCUCGAGCAGGAGGUAGACAACUGGGAUGAAAACGCAGUGGAUAACUGGGAUACCGAAGAUGGCCCUGGGCCUUCUGAGACAGCGCCUCCGAGCUACCACGAAAAUGGCCACGUGGCUGGAGAUGAGGCCGUGAAACGCAGUGACUGA